AUGGGAACUUAUAAAUCAAAAGGAUUAUAAUAAAAUGUAUUCGAAUAAGAAUAAUUAGAUGAAUCUCCUCCUGAAGUAUAACCGAAAACGAGAUCCCCCAUGCCCGAUUUAUGGAAAUUAAAUAUACUAAGAGGUAAACGAGAAGAUGAAUUAAAAAAUGAGGCAAUGCCCAUUGCAAGAAGGAGAUGUAAAAAAAAAGUGACAAAAUUUAUUGAAUGUGAAAGAGAAUGGGGAAAAUAUUGGACUGUUUUUGAAUGUUAGGAGGAAUAUUAAAAUAUGAAUGAGUGCUUUUAAAGAGAAGUAGAAAUUGAAACUGAUAAAUUAAGAAGAGAUAUGAAUAGACAUGAAGAAUGGUGGUGGAAAGUACUUUAUGAUGAACAAGGAGAAAUUGGGUAGUAGGCUUAAUGGUAAAAUGAAUGGUGGCUUACUUUAUUUAUUAAUAGGCUCCACAAGAAAUAUUUUGAGUGA